GGAACAGAAGUAGCAGUAGAAGGUUUGCUGCCUCUACAGGUUUUUCCUCUUGUGCGUGUUUACAGAUACAAACAGCACCAGUCCACAUCGUUAUUAUUGUUAUUCUUUUGCGUUACUUGACGGUUUAAUCGGUGGUGCAAUAUUUUUAAACGUUCACUGAUAAUCUAACGAGUUUACUGACGGGGGAAACGAGGGGAGUUGUUCCAGUACUGUCAGUACUUCAGUCCUCUGUCAGUACUUUAUCCGGAGGGGAACAGCGCGCGCUUCGGGUUCUGCAAUCCAGCUACAGAUCUAGAACACAAUGUCAGGGAUCCCGUAUGUUCUCGAUCAGACGGAUGAGGUGGAUGAGACGAUGGGUGUGAAUCGGCUGUGUGGUGCCAUCUUUAUUGAUCAGCAUAGAGACAUUCUUAUACAGAGAGCCUGCACUGUGGUCACCAUACUGGACAAACUCCUGAGUGUGGGAGUCAUCAAUAAUGAGGAGUACCACGACAUCAAAAAUGAGAAAACAGAUAAUAAACAGAUGAGGGCUUUACUUACAGGGCCAAUCAGAGCCAGUGGUGAUCGAGGAAAACAGAUCCUGUUCAAGACGCUGAAGGAACAGCAGCCGUUAAUGAUGAAGGACCUCGGAGUUGCUUAAAGAAUUUAUGGAUUAAAGAAUUUAAGAACCUGUUGCAUUGCGUUUGUGGUGCUCAAUGCGAUAAGUUUACCUCAUAUUAAUCGAUCUAUACGACAAAUGGUUUGAGUUACUCUGUUCUGAAUGAUUACAUUUACACACAGCCCGAUAAUCUGUUCAAUAGAAAAUUUAAGUUCUUAGAAAUUGGACGCUGUACUCAGAAGAUAAAGGUCUUGGAGUACACACAUGCAAAGGCCUCAAAUUUUGUAUUUUUUAUAACUAGAUUAAUGAAUCUUGACACAACAACAACAUCAAUCCGACCGAGCAGGACUGAGUUUCCCACAUCGACCCACCAUC